GUGUGGUUCCAGAACCGUCGAGCCAAGUGGAAGAAGCGCAAGAAGAGCACCAACGUGUUCAGGUCCCCUGGAGCGCUGCUGCCCUCGCACGGGCUGCCGCCCUUCGGCGCAGGCGACGUGUGCGCACCCGGCGUGUUCGCGGACCGGCCCUGGUCUAUGCCAGCUGGGCUAUCCCAGUUGUCGCAGGGCGGCGUGUCGAUGGGCGGGUUCGGAGCUGGAGGUCUACCGCAGCUGGCCGCGGACCUCAACCCCUCGCUGCCCAUCUCCUCGGUCGCGUCCGGCCAGCCGUACCAGGGGCACUACCCACUCAACUCGCUUGGCGACACGAUGAUGUCAUACUGCAACAACAUAGCGGGCGGGCAGCAGGGCGCGCUGGAGGGCUCGCCCACGCCGCCACACAUGUCCCACUGCGCCAACAACAACGCGUCGCCCACCGCUUCAGGCGGCGGCGAGGGCGAGGAAGAGGGCUGGCGCGGGCACAGCAUCGCGGCGCUGCGCCGGCGCGCGUCCGAGCUGUCGGCCGCCAUCCCGCCCUACCUGCAGCUCAACUACGACGCGCACAGCCCCGUCUACUGACCGCGUCACCAGCCAUACGCACGGCACGUCCACACCACUCUACCCGACUAGGAAUAGAGUUCAAAUUA